AUGUCGAUUUCAAUCUCCUCCCCCGUUAAAUCGUUCUCGCGCCUGAGACGACCUUCUCUCUCCAACUCCAAGACAGCCUCGACACCGGACUUGGCCUCCGCCUAUUCGCAGUCCAAGCUGCUGCGCAAGACGUCGCUCGCGGCCCUGACUCCGAGCUCCCUCGCCAGCAUCCCCGAUGUCAGCGAGAGCUACGCCAUCGACUCAGUUCUGAACCAAGCGCCCGAAAACACCAUUCACGAGGAACCCGAGACGCCACCCGCCAUGGAGCUGUCUGUCGGCGACUCUGUCAAUGUGCCUGGAGGCAUGGUCGGCACUGUCCGUUUUGUCGGCACCGUCCAGGGCAAGAAGGGCACAUUUGUCGGCGUCGAGCUGGAUUCAGAAUUCGCCGCAAGGGGCAAGAAUAACGGCGACGUUGAUGGCGUCUCCUAUUUCACCACCAACGCCGCUGGUGCUGGCAUUUUCGUCCCGGUUGCCAAGGCCCUCCGAAGGUCUUCCGGCCCAUCCCCUAUGACGCCUACGCCCGGCCUUUCAAAGUUGGGCGCCUCGACAGGCCCGUCUCGAGUUCAGAGCCCGCAGGGCAAGAAGCCACGGCCUUCACUGCAGACUGAGUCACCGCAACGGAAAAUGGCCAUGUCGCCAGGUCCACGCCCGUCCAUUGGGGCACCAGCAGUCAGAGCUCCCUCAAGACUUGGCAGUCCGACCGGCCCAGGCAUGGAGCGGCGGCCCAGUUUUGGGGGGCCCCGUAGCACUUCGUCUCUCGGCCCCGAGCCUCUCUUUGACGAAGAACCGGCACCUAUUGCAAUGCCUACACCUCCAGCAAAGAUCAACACCAGCCUGGGGUCGCUCUCGUUGCGUCCACCGUCCCGGGCGACCUCUAUCAACGAUGAAGAAAUUGAGCGGCUACGCACCCAGUUGGAAGACCGAGAUCGACAGCUGAAGGAGCAGGCCGCAACAUUGGCCGAAAUGGAGAGCAGUCUCACAGAGCUUCAAACUCUGAUAGAGAAUCCAGAUGGAAUGGGCUUGAGACGGAGCAGCAUAGACGAUAAGGAUGCAUCUCAGCUUCGACACAUGCUGCGGGAAAAGAAUGACAAAAUCGCCAUGCUCACAAUAGAAUUCGAUGCCCACCGAGCGGAUUUCCGGAGUACUAUUGACACACUCGAAAUGGCUAGCACAGAGACCGAGCGGGUGUAUGAGAAGCGGAUAGAGGAACUCAUAGCGGAUAUUCGCGAGCUCGAAUCGAGAAACUUGGAUGUGGACUCCGUAGCGACCCAACUAAAGCAACUUGAGGAGCUAGUGCAGGAGCUCGAAGAGGGUCUAGAGGAUGCUCGUCGUGGCGAGGCUGAGGCCCGUGGAGAGGCCGAGUUCUUGCGAGGAGAGGUGGAGAGGACCCGUUCGGAACUUCGACGGGAAAAGGAACGCGUUAUCCCUCAUAAUGCAGCGGCCUUGAGCGGUGAUAGUGCUGCACUAGCUAAGAGCUUGGAGCAGAAGGAAGAUGAAAUUCGAGGACUCAAGGCCAUUAUCCAUUCCCUUAGCCGGGACUCAAUCCCUGGCGCCGAGGGCCAUACUCCCAGGCCGCGCCCCGGUUCAUUAAUCGGCGAAAAGGAUGCCAUCGAAAAUAAGAUUGCUCGAGACAACCUGGAGAGACAAGUUGCUGAGCUUCAGCAGGUAUUGAAGGAGAAGAGUCACCGAGAGGAGGAGCUGCAGCACGAGAUUGAGUUCCUGCGCUCAAGCAGCGCCAAACCGAACCGUGAGUCGAACCGCGAGUCGAACCGUGAUUCUGUUCCCAUUCGGCGAUCAUCUGUAAGGGACUCAAGGGACACCAUCCUGUCCACUCGAUCGCAUGAGGCACGAUCGCCGGAGCUGUCUCACAAGCGGAUAAGCACCCUCGAUACGAUGCACGAGAGCGACACCUAUUCGACCGCCACCGAGAGUAGCACUCUAUGGUGCGAGAUUUGCGAGACUGGUGGUCAUGACAUCCUGACAUGCACAAACAUGUUUGGCACCGAUAGCGCCAAGAAUUCCAAGCCCAAUGCCAACCCCAUUAAAGAGGAGGACGAAGAUGAUGAAGAAGCCCAAGAGAAGGCGCGGAGAGAAAAUGCCCAGGAGGACCUCAAGCCUCUUACACCCACGGGUGACGAGGAGAUUCACCACCCAGCUGUUUUAACCCCUGGCAUUCCCAAGGAGGAGCCCGCAUCAGUUCCGGCAGUCAGAAUCACCCCCAACCCUAUGGAAUCAGGGCCCGUGGCCGGCAAAGAGAGCGGUGUCCUGGACCUCGAGAAAUGGUGCGCUAUAUGCGAGCGAGAUGGCCAUGACAGCGUGGAUUGCCCCUUUGAGGAUGCAUUCUAA